AUGCUCGUCCUCAGUCUGGUCUUAUCCGCCGCAGCAGCGUGGGCGGCGAAUACUUCCUGUCCCACUGACUACACGUCAUAUGUAUCGCAACCCCAUGGGCCGUUCUCAUCAGGGCGGUACCAUCUAUCCUCAAUGCGGCCGCCACCAGAAUGCAGAACCUUUGUCUCGCCGGAGGUCGAGCAGACGAUAGCGCGCAUGAAGAGAACCAUCGCCGACCCGGAUCUGUUCCGCCUGUUUGAGAACAGCUGGCCGAACACGCUGGAUACGACCAUCAAAUGGAGAGGCCACGCCGAGGGGUCAGACGAGGAGCUCUGCUUCGUUAUUACUGGUGAUAUUGACGCCAUGUGGUUGCGCGACUCGGCGAACCAGCUACAAUCAUACCUGCCUGUCCUCAGACGCAACUCGUCGAGCAACUCGAUCGCCUCUCUGUAUCGCGGCGUGAUCAAUCUACAGUCGCGCUACAUCCUCGAGAACCCCUUCUGCCAGGCGUUCCAACCACCCAAGGAAUCGGGUCUCCCGCCGGUGCAGAACGGCGCAUCACACGACGACACCGUCUUCCCGCCGUACAGCAACCAGACAGUGUUCGAGUGCAAGUACGAACUGGACUCUUUGGCGGCGUUCCUGGAAGUGUCUAGCGACUACUACAGCGCGACGAAGGACGCCGCCUUCUUUGGCAAGUACCAGUGGCUGGACACGGUGCGGGCCAUCCUCAACGAGACCAGGGCCAUGCAGAUCGGCACGUACUCCAGCAACGGAAGCGUGAACACCAGCCCGUACACCUUCUCGCGGACAACAUCGAGCAGCGAAGACACGCUCGACAACAACGGCAUCGGCAACCCGUUCAAGACGGGCACGGGACUGGUGCGGUCCGCCUUCCGACCGUCAGACGACGCCGCGAUCUACCAAGGAUUCAUCCCAGCCAACAUGAUGUUUGCGACGUACCUCCAGUCGACGUCGGCGAUAGCCGCCGCGGUGGGCCAGCCCGGUCUGGCAGCUGAGAUGCAGAGCUUCGCAGCGGAGAUCCGGCAGGCGAUUUCCAAGUACGGAAUCACGUCGAUCUCGAACUCGAUAUUCGGGCAGGACAACAUCUACGCAUAUGAGGUGGACGGGUACGGGUCGCGCAAUAUCAUGGACGACGCCAACAUCCCCAGUCUGCUGAGCGCGCCGUUCUUCGGGUACGUGGACAAGAACGACCCGGUGUAUCAGGCGACUCGCAAGGUGCUCCUCAGCGAGGACCAGCCCUACUACAUGGCCGGGCCGGUGAUUAGCGGCAUUGGCAGCCCUCACACGGGGCCGGGCUACGUGUGGCCGAUGUCGGUCAUCAUGCGGAUCUUCACGACGGACGACGACGAGGAAAUCACGAGCAAUCUGAAGCUGUUGCUGAGCAGCACCAACGGGCUCGGUCUUCUACACGAAAGCAUCAACGCGUACAAUCAGUCUGACUACACGAGGCCAUGGUUCGCGUGGGUCAACGGCUUGUUCGGACAGAUGAUCCUCGACCUGGACUCGAGGAAGCCGUACAUUUUGAAGCAGAGUUUUCAGUGA